AACAUAUCAGUAAUUACCAGGAAGCUCUACAUUUGUUUUAAAAUCACACUAAGAUUGUUAAAACUGGCCUCAGGUUAUUGAGAGAUCGGAUUUAGGAUUUACCCUCGUAGCAAGGUUGUUUUAUCAUGUGGUUUCAUUUGGGUCUCUAUUUAAAAAUAACACUGUCUUUGGCAGGAGAAAGACCAGACUCGGAGGAACCAGAGCCAGGGACGUCCAAACUAACAAGACGACACCAGUGCUUCCACUGUAGAAAGGGUUGUAACCGGUUAUGGGACUUGAAACAACAUGAGAAAAUGCACACAGGGGAGAAGCCUUACCACUGUUCCCAGUGUGGAAAGAGUUUUCACCAGAAAGGACACCUAAAAGCUCACAAGAGAAUACACACAGGAGAGAAGCCUUACCACUGCUCCCAAUGUGGAAAGUGUUUCAACCAGUCGGGGGAGCUGAAAGCUCAUGAGAGAAUACACACAGGAGAGAAGCCUUACCACUGCGCUCAAUGUGGAAAGUGUUUCAACCAGAGAGCAAACCUGAAACAACAUGAGAGAAUACACACAGGAGAGAAGCCUUACCACUGCUCCCAGUGUGGAAAGAGUUUCAACCAGAGAGCAAACCUGAAAGUUCAUGAGAGAAUACACAGCGGGGAGAAGCAAUACCACUGCUCCCAAUGUGGAAAGUGUUUCAGCCAGAAAGCAUACCUGAACAAACACGAGAGAAUACACACAGGAGAGAAGCCUUACCACUGCUCCCAGUGUGGAAAGAGUUACAAACGGAAAACAUGCCUGAACCAACACAAGAGAAUACACACAGGAGAGAAGCCUUACCACUGCUCCCAAUGUGCAAAGUGUUUCAGCCAGAAAGCAUACCUGGAAAAACAUGAGAGAAUACACACAGGAGAUAGGCCUUACCACUGUUCCCAGUGUGGAAAGUGUUUCAGCCAGAAAGCACACCUGAAAGCUCAUGAGAGAAUACACACAGGAGAGAAGCCUUACCACUGCUCCCAAUGUGGAAAGUGUUUCAGCCAGAAAGCAUACCUGGAAAAACAUGAGAGAAUACACACAGGAGAUAGGCCUUACCACUGUUCCCAGUGUGGAAAGUGUUUCAGCCAGAAAGCACACCUGAAAGCUCAUGAGAGAAUACACACAGGAGAGAAGCCUUACCACUGCUCCCAAUGUGGAAAGUGUUUCAGCCAGAAAGCAUACCUGAAAGCUCAUGAGAGAAUACACACAGGAGAGAGGCCUUUCCACUGCUCCCAAUGUGGAAAGUGUUUCGUCCAUUCGGAGGUGCUGAAACGGCACGAGAGAAUACACACAUGAGAGAAGCCUUACCACUGCUCCAAAUGUGGAAAGUGUUUCAGCUGAAACGACAUGAGAGAAUACACACAGGGCAGAAGCCUCCCAGGGUGCAAAGCUUUUACCCAUUUAGGAAGCCUGAAAGAACACAUUAGACUGCACACAGAGGAGAAGGCUUAGAAAAGCUCAGACUGUGAAAACAUUAAUUGAAUAUGGAGUAUGUCAGUUUUAAUAUAAAGGAGAUCAGGUUCCUUGUUUUAAAUUGUCCUUUUUUAAAACUCUUUGUGUGUUUAUCUGGGUGUGCCAUUCCUCCAGCACUACAGAUAAUCAAGUGAUAUUUGGAUGUGAUGCAUUAGUUCCAUUGUUGACAUUUGCAUUGUGGCCCACUGAUGAUUUAAUGAAAUGAAAAUAUUCACAGACUCUGUAAUGGAAAACGUUAAUUGUUUGUGUGUCCACAUAACUGACUAUGUGACUAACCUUGUGAAACUGUCCUAUUAUAAGCUCCUGUUCUUGGGAGUAUCAUCCUGUGUUGCAAACCAAUUUGCACCUGUAAAGUCCCUCCCAGGAACAGGAAACUAUAAAGAUAUGUGCUAAUCACUCAAUACUUCAGUAAUUCGCACUGUGUAACUCUGUUAUUCUCUCUGAGCUCAGAAAUAAAGAAUCUUUGUUUGACU